AUGGCUGCUCGAGGUCCACCAGGCUCCCGUGCUGGAAACUCACGAUUUGCGCAGUUUAAAUUGGUGUUACUUGGGGAAUCUGCCGUCGGAAAGAGUUCAUUGGUUUUACGAUUUGUUAAGGAUCAAUUCGAUGAUUACCGCGAGAGUACUAUUGGCGCUGCAUUUUUAACUCAAACCAUCUCCCUCGACGAAAACACCACAGUCAAAUUCGAAAUAUGGGACACCGCAGGACAAGAGAGAUACAAGUCGCUAGCGCCCAUGUAUUAUCGAAAUGCCAACUGUGCUGUUGUUGUUUAUGACAUCACACAAGCUGCCUCAUUGGAUAAGGCCAAAUCUUGGGUAAAAGAACUUCAACGACAAGCAAACGAGAAUAUCAUCAUUGCUUUAGCCGGAAACAAGCUCGAUUUAGUUACGGAACAACCGGAUAAACGUGCUAUUACUACUGAAGACGCUUCGAAUUAUGCUAGAGAAGCCGGUUUACUAUUCUUCGAAACUUCUGCUAAGACAUCUGAGAACGUAAGGGAAUUGUUCACAGCAAUUGCAAAGAAACUACCAUUGGAUCAAGCCGGUCCAAGAAAUCCAAGAGCUGGUGGUCCAAGGGGAACUGGUGUUGAUCUUAGGCCCGAAGCUCCAGGAACACAAGCAGGUCCAGGAUGUGCUUGUUAG